ACCUUGACGUAAUUGGACAUCACCUUGACAUUUAUCAAUGUAUAAUAGCUCUCGUGCGAGUAGAAAACUUUGUGAAACUCUGUUUUCAGGUUCUCAAGACACUGCGAUACAUUAAUAAGGACCAGAUUCUGAAGUUGAAAGGGCGCGUAGCUCGUGGAAUCAGCAACAAUGAAUUAAUGAUAACAGAACUGGUGUUUGAUAAUCAGUUGACUCACCACAAGCCAACUGAAAUCGUCGCUCUGCUAUCUUGCUUUGUUUGUGAAGUGAAAAAGUCCAGUGAACCAGAACUGACAGAAACCCUAAAAGAGGGUGUGCAAGUGAUCAAGAAAUGUGCAAAGGCUCUUGCUCAGAUCCAAAAGGACUGUGGGAUGUCCUUAACAGAGGAAGAAUAUGUAGAGUCGUUUCGCUUUGGAUUGGUGCAAGUUGUUUAUGAAUGGGCAAGGGGGAUACCCUUCAAAGAGAUAACAGAACUCACUGAUAUUCCCGAAGGUAUAAUUGUUCGCUGUAUCCAACGACUUGAUGAGAUCUGUCGUGACGUUAAGGCUGCAGCACGUAUAAUCGGUGAUCCGGUGUUGGUAGACAAGAUGGAACAGGGCUCAAGUCUUAUCAAAAGAGACAUUGUAUUUACUGGAAGUCUUUAUACUAGUUGAUUUUUAAAUGCCUAGGAUUUCUUAAACUGAAUUGUAGCUAGAUAUGAAUAUAUUCACGAAAUCGUUAUUUUGAAGAUAAGCCUCGAAAUCUUAAAAUAUUCUGGACGGGCGUUUAU